CACAACAAUCUCUAGCGUGUUGCAAAUUUGGAGAGCUAGAGCAACCUGCAGUCCACGAAACAGAUCAGAAUAAGCUUCCAGCCAUGAGGUUCCCCAUUUUAGUGUUUGUGUGGGCUGCGGCGGUGCUGCUCGCCGUGGCCGCCUUCUCGGCGGUGGCGGACGCGUCGCCUCGGCCGUCAAAGUCUUUGAAGGUCGGGUUCUACAAGCACACAUGCCCACAGGCCGAGUACAUCGUGCGUGACGCCGUCCGCCGCGCCGUCGCCCGCAACCCAGGCCUCGCCGGUGGCAUCAUCCGCAUGCAUUUCCAUGAUUGCUUCGUCAGGGGUUGCGAUGGCUCGCUGCUGAUCAACUCGACACCUGGGAACUCGGCGGAGAAGGAUUCGCAGGCGAACAACCCAAGCAUGCGUGGCUUUGAGGUCAUCGACGAGGCCAAGGCAGCCCCAGAGGCGAGCUGCCCACGCACCGUCUCCUGCGCCGACGUGCUCGCCUUCGCGGCGCGCGACGGGGCCUACCUUGCCGGCGGCAUCAACUACCGUGUGCCGUCUGGUCGCCGUGACGGCCGUGUGUCUAUCGCCGACGAGGUGCUCAACAACAACGUGCCAUUCCCGACCGACGAGGUCGCGGAGCUUGUGGCCAGCUUCAAGCGCAAGGGGCUCUCCGCAGACGACAUGGUCACGCUCUCCGGCGCACACACCAUCGGUCGAUCCCACUGCUCCUCCUUCACUCAGCGCAUUCACAACUUCUCGGGUGAGGUCGGCCGGACCGACCCGUCCAUCGACAGGUCCUACGCGGCGGAGCUGAAGCAUCAAUGCCCUCCGUCGACGGACAACCCUAGCGACCCCACAACGGUGCCGCUGGACCCCGUCACGCCGGGGGAGUUUGACAACCAGUACUUCAAGAACGUACUGGCACGCAAGGUGCCGCUCACCUCCGACCAGACACUACUCACCAGCCCCCGGACCGCCGGUAUCGUCGCGUUCCACGCCGCCGUGGAGAAGGCGUGGCAGGCCAAGUUCGCUGCCGCCAUGGUCAAGAUGGGCAAGGUGGAGGUUCUCACCGGUGAAGAGGGGGAGAUCAGGGAGAAGUGCUUUGUCGUCAACCACCACUAGUCCAUCAUUCCAAGUCAUUCAAAGCAUAUAGCUAAUUUAAUAUACUUGUGUGUCCGUCGAUCGCAGAUCAUACUUGUAGUUUGUUCGUGUAUGUAAUUUGACUUUCCAAAGUGAUUUCUUUGUUAGUUGUUUGUGUAUGUCAAAAAGAGUUUUUCUUCCCCCGUCAAUGUAAAGAUGAUGUUAUGAGUUUUGACUAA